GACGAGUGUAUUCCUCUUCAUGGUGGGAAUGAUUGAAGGGUGAGGAGACUAUACAAAGUUUUGUUGAUUGCAAGAGUCGUACAUGAAGGACAACACACACAUUUAUACCAUAGAGCAGAUUGCAAGGCACCAUACUCGUAAAGACUUGUGGGUGAUUGUACACGGCAAAGUAUACAACCUCUCUUCAUUUUUGGAUACGCAUCCUGGUGGUGACGAAAUACUGUUACAAUAUGCAGGUGAUGAUGGUACAUUGGAAUUUGAAAAGGCAGGACAUCCUGAAGAAGCUCAACAAUUAUUGCAAAACUAUUGUAUUGGUUAUGUGACCAGAGACUGUGUUUUAGAAUGUGACGGUUUAUUAAAACAGACUGCAGAGACAAGUAUUUGGAGAAAGUAUUUGCGAACGUUGGCUGCUUCUACUUUGGAUAGUUUCCACUGGUUGUUAUUGCUAGUGGGAAUUAUUUCCGUAUUGUUGCUUUUAUUUCAUUUUUGAAACUACUUUUGGGGAUCUUCUAUUGGAAACUAUGAUGAGGAAUAGUAGAAUGUGGUUGUGAAUUAUCUCUUAUGAAUAUAUACAUACAUUCAUUAUAUAUAUAUAUAUAUAUAUAUACACAUACACACAAAUAUAGAUAUUUAUGUAUAAUAUAGAAAUAGCUUAUGAGAUUAUAUCAUGAUAGAGAUCCAUAUCAAUGAAUGCAGUCU